CCGGGAUCGUUCGAGGAAAUUUUACUUCCAGAUCCGGUUUUAAUCCUUUAAUUUAAUAAUUAUGUUGAAAUCCUGAGUGUCACUUAGAACUUGCUGCUGGUGACUGGUGACGAUGGCUGAAUCAGACAAUUUGCUUCACGAUCCACCUCCACUUCCGCCAUCUGCCCCAGUGCGGGCGUGGACAUUGAACACACACUCCAGCAGAGGUAAACGGUACCAGAAGGAAUUACAGUUCCGCCUGGUGGGAGCGAUUGAGCAGCAGAACACGGAGAAGGUGAAAUACCUCAUAGAGUGCGGGGUCAACACGGACUGUACCAUUCUGUAUGCCAAGACGCCGCUCCUUCACGCCAUCGAACAGCGUUAUGAAGACAUUGCCGUCCUCCUGAUGGACUCCGGGGCCGAUCUUGAGAAGGCCGAAUUCGUCGCUUCUCAGCGCAGACCAUUGCAUGUGGCAACCAUCACCGGGUCACGUAAUCUGUCGGAAGUGCUGCUUGCCAGAGGCGCAUGCGUUGAUGGUAAAGACGGAUCGGGAAUGACUCCGUUACAUCACGCGUGUUUUCUCGGUCACACGGAACUCGUGGAUUUGCUGCUUCAGCACGGUGCAAGUGUUAUGACAAGCGAUAAUUGUUCACGAGAUGCGCUUCACAGAGCGGUUGAGGGCGGACAUUUUGAACUAGCGGACCGGUUGUUACGCAGCAAUGCUGUCGUCAAUGGGCCUGAUAGAUAUGGCUGGACGCCUUUAUUCCAAUGUAUCGUGUGUAAUCAAAUCAAUGGAGUCAAUUUUCUGUUGGACCGAGGGGCGGAUAUUAAUAUGACGGAUAACAAAGGUGACACUCCGCUUCACAUCGCUUGCUGUCGGUUGUCGCGAGACAAUGUCCGAAUCAUGUUGUCGACCUCGGUGGAUUUCUACCGGCGGAUUCGCAAAAUUCCGACGUGUGAACUUCAGGAAAUGUUACAGGAAGAACAAGGGAAUGAUUUCGAAAUGGUCCAGCUGCUUGUGAACCGAGGAUCGGAUGUUAAUGCUCUCAACGACUUCUUGGCCCGCCCCCUUCAUCUAACACGCGACCCCCUAAUCUUGAAGUUUCUGGUGUACUGUGGUUCUGUGAUCGACUAUGAGAUGUUGCUGUGUAUGUUUGUCGAAUCCAUGCAGAGCUCAUGGAUUUCCAAACAGUUUGACCAGCAGACAAGGUUGCAGAGACUGUGUCGGAAAUCCGUUCGGUCGUAUCUGCGACACACUCAUGAUGUCGAGGACUCUGUACUGAAGUUACCGCUUCCAGAAAAGAUGAAGCAUUAUUUGAAUCUCAGCGACUUUUGGGACGAUGUCACAGCAUCAUAACCUGGUUGUAAAUUUAAUUUGUUUUCUCCCAAGACAUUGUUGAUGUUUAGGACGGUGUCACAGCACCAUAACCUGGAUGUAAACUGUUGUUUUCCCCAAGAUAUGAUUGACUUUUAGAAUGGUGUCACAACAUUGUAACCUGAAUAUAAACUUGUUUUCCCAA